AUCAGCUAAGUUGAAUAAAUAUAACUUUUGAGUUCAUAUGUGGCAUUUAUAGUUGCGUCAUACAUUUCCCGUACAGUGCAGGUAUUAACACGUCAACAUUCCUUAGAGUAGCUUACAAAAACUUUAAUCCCACAGAUCAAGAAAAACAAGGCGCUUCCUACCUAAAUAAGCCCGAUGUGUCUCUAUGGAUCAGUUUUUCUAAAGAAAACGUUUGCAUAACCUAGUAGUUUCUACAUGUUGGUGCCCCGCUUUGCAGCGUGUUUUUGCUGUUUUGCAAACUUUGAGUGCCCUGCAGUAAGUGUCGGUGCAACACUCGGCAGCAGCAGGAGGAAACCAACCAGAUGAGAAUUUCCAGCGGCUGAGCGGGGUUUCCAGUCUGGGCGGAGCGACGCGGCGCAGGAAGUUCCUCUGCAGCCAGAUGGAGUUUCUCUGUUAUUCUGCCGGACAAACGCGCUCCCUGCCGCGGCUAUAAAGUCAGAGCGCCGCCCCGAGCUCAGCACACACCCGGAGAGAGGAUGGCCGUGCUGUUGGAUCUGACCCGCUGCUGCAGCAGCUGCUGCAGCCCCGGAGCCUCUCUGCUGCAGGAAGCGGACUUGCACGUCUUUCUGCUGUGCGGCGCGGAAAGUAACCGGCGAGAGAACGGCCUCUCGGACCCGAUCCUGGGCUCCCACAGGAGCGUUCACGUCCUGGACUCCGGGUCCACCGCGGAGCGUCUGUACCGACUCAAGCGGAGCCUGGAUGAUCUGGACCUGAGUGCGGUCAGGGUGCUGACCACGGCGCGGCGCAGGGAGGUGCUGGCUCGGUACCAGGAGAUGCUAUUUACCGCCGUCUAUACCUUUGAUUACGACGUGACGCAGGCGGACAAGCUCACCUGUUCGGACUGCUGUGGCUCCGCCCACACGGACUCACCUGAGGGUGAAGCGGAGGAAGAAGUGUCGGCCUUCCUGCAGCAGCUGCCCGCUUUGAAGGGGGACAUCAGAACCCUGAGGUCCACUUUGAUCCCAGACUGCUUCGGUCACGGCUUCAGCACCCGUUCAGGCGGCGUCUCCUACAUCCCCACUCUGUCCUCCUUGAAUCUGUUCAGCAGCAGUAGGAGGAGGGACCCCCGGGCCGUGGUGGAAGAAAACCGGCGCCGGCUGGCCGUUCACGCCGGCUUCCAUCCCAUGCCCCUGCGUCUGGUCAAGGUGAACCAUGCCAGCGACGUCUGGGUUUUGGGGAAACCUGAGCCGGAAAGCUACGACUCCAUGGUGACCGAUCAGACGGGGGUUGUUCUGGCGGGUCAGGGGGCCGACUGCUUGCCCAUCCUGUUCGCCGAUCCGGUGAAGAAGGUCAUCGGGGCUGCGCAUGCAGGCUGGAGAGGGACGGUGAUGGGCGUGGCCACAGCAACCGUGGACGCCAUGGUGACGAAUUUUGGUUGUCGGUACGGCGACAUCGUGGUGGCGGUGGGGCCGUCCGUGGGGGUGUGCUGCUUCACGCUGGACAGAGAGCAGGCGGCAGACUUCAUCUCCAUCCACCCAGACUGCGUGCCUGAUCCAGAGUCGGCCAGGCCACACGUGGACAUCCUCCUCGCCAACAGAGUUCUCCUCCAGCGGCGCGGCGUCCUUCCGGAGCACAUCCACGACAACAUGGACGCCACCCGGCCCCCCGUGACGCCCUGCACCUCCUGCAAUCCCGACGACUUCUUCUCCCACGUCAGAGACGGACUCAACUUCGGCACCCAAGUGGGUUUCCUGUGGAUCAAGGAGAGCGGGGAACAGGUCAGCGCUCCGGAGAGCCAGAUGGGUCAACAGGGUGGACCUUAAGACGUGGAGAUGAACCAAAAGUCGACGGCUGAGAACUUCUUCUAGUCAAAUCCGACGGGUCGGGUUCCAGUUGGCGGCAAAGCAAAUCUUAAGUGAUUCUUUGGGGAAACUGUGAAGAAGAACUCCUAAUCUAGUAGAUUACGUACUAAAGAGCAUCUUCAAGGGAUGAAACGGCUGGAAUAAACUACCGGAGUUGUGAUUGGUCCUUUUAAUCGACAGCUUGUGGCUGAACUGGGGUCACAUUUCAAACUGUAGACAGAUCAGUGAAACAUGGCUGUAGAUUUCCAUAGUUACUUGUGAAAGCAAAACAACACGGAGCUUAUAGAUUAAAACUGCCCAAGUUGGGACAAAAUACUCAAAACUGCAGCAGAUAGGAGAACAGAGAGAAAGUAUUCUUUCCCAAUCCUUUCUGCUCAGUGGUCGUUUUAUUACAGCAUACAAAACAUUCAGUUCUUAUGCACCACAACAUCUGGAAUGAACUUCCAGAAAACUGCAAAGAUGCAGAAACAUUGGCUUCCUUUGAUUCACUGUAACUGGUACAUUGAUCAAUAUGUUUGACGUGUAUUUGCUUGAUUGUGAGAAUGCCAUGUGACAAAAUGUGUCGUUUAUUUCUCCUUCCUUAGCUGGUUUCUGCUUUAUGUGAUGUAAAACACUUUGAACCGCCUCGAUGCUGAAAUAUUCUGUGCAAAUAGACUUGAAGACUAAAUGGUUAUGAAGUUAUGAGCAAGUUUACCAAUUUCAUGAGACAUUAUUUAAAUAAGACAAUACUCAUUGUUCUGGGGUAGGGAAAGCAUUUAUUUGAAGGGGAAAGCCUUUAUCUGUAAUAAAGGCAGCCCUUUUAAAAAAAAAGGAAAUAAAAGUGUUUUUACUGUUCCACCCGUUUUCACCUCUGUACUGAAAUAACACAAACGCCAUGUUUCCAUGACAUUUUUAACAACAAAAUGAUUUUUCUUUUCCAGCUCAGUCCAUCAGUCAAUACAGAAGCAUGAAAUCAAAUAAAUGAAGGAAAAUGGGCCGAGGUCAGAUCAUCUGAACAAUGCCAACAGUGAUGAGACCAACGUCUAACGCUGCUCGACUCUGAACAUGUGCGCUUGUAAAGGCAAAGUUUCCUUCUGGUGGACAUGAUGCUGCCAGAGCGUUGAUCAGGACACACAGAGACACGUCAUGAGAAAACACGUCAAUAAAUAAAGAGCUGAACCCAAAUGCAUCCUUCGGUUACUCUGUCACAGUUUAUCAGAAAAGUCCUCAUUAUUGAGGCCAGCUCUUCUUCUGGUUUAGUGCAAGCUUCAGAAAACAAAGUUCAUUCUUUAAGUGCUUUACGGAGAUGCAGAUUAAUACGAGUUAGCAAGCUGUGCUGAACGGGAGUGGAAUUUUCUUCAAAGUCAAUAAAGAUCAUUUAAGCAUAAUUUGUCAAGUUCUUUUGAUUUUAUUAAUAGUUAUUCUUGCUCUAUUUGGUUAUUCAGUCCUUUAUUUUUAUAAAUUGGAUAACUGAAGACCAGAGGGCUGUCUAGUUUGUUCCCCAGAGUAACCAAUAGAUCAGGAGCCAUUUUAAUGUCAGCAUCUUACAGCACUUUCUGCUGAAGCAAAAGGCGAGUCCAAAGUUGCCAUGGUGACAGACCCCUGUUCAAAACAUGGAUGAAAAUCCCGACUGGUUUGAUCUGAGAGACCAUCAACUUUCUGACUUGUUAGGGGAGGGAAAAACAGAAAACUCUUAUUACACAUAUGGCUCUUUUCCAAUAGCAACGCAGCUCAACACAGUUCAGCUGGUUUUCCACUAACUGAAUCAGGACUCUAGUGGGUGGAGUUGUCAUAACUGCGUAGUCCCAGAGUCUGAAAAGUAAUGUGAUGUGAUCUGUACACGACACACAAAUAAACAAUGGAGGACAUGGAAGCUACGUUGAACAUUGUGUUGCACAAAUCCGUUCAGUGGCUGUUGUGAUUUUUUAAAAAUGGCGGGUCAGAUUAUGGUAAAGUGAGCUGGUGCUGCCAGAACCUGCGCACCAUAUGCAGAGCAGAGGAGGCUGGAGACGUCACACCGUUGCCCUGAAUUUGAAUCCUGGUGUCAGGACCUUUGCUGGAUGACGUCCACUUCCCUCUUCUGUUUUUUUUUUCUUUUUCUUUGUCUACUUAAUGUUCAAUAAAGCCCACUAGUGCCCACUAGAAAAAUGUCUGGUUCCACUUAGGUGGACCACAGAACCCAGUCAAGCUGCUGUGAGCAGGUGCAAGUGGAAAAGGGCCAACAGUGACCUCACCUGACAACGAAACCACAGGAUAACUAAAUAAGGGUCCAACAGUCACUGAGGUUUGAAAGUUUACCAUACAAACACUGAAUCUGUUUUUGACACUACCGAUAACAAUGAAAAGCGCAUUACAUCACAGUCGACUCCGACCCUUUCUUCUUUAGUUUACAAAGAAAAAAAAAAGAAAAACAUUUUAUAUGUACCUUUACAGCAUACAAGCAUUUCUCAGUCUCCUGUCACAAAAACACAGACAUUUAGCUGAAAGGUCAUUUGUUCUGCAGUGAAGUGAACACUUCACGUCAUGGAGAAGUUUGGCUGUAGCUUCCUCCGGUUUGUGAACGUAAAAACUUUAGCCGCUGAACCGAGGACCAGUUCAGACAAAGUGGUCUUUAUCUCACUGGCUGCAUUUUAAAAACAAUCAUGUACAAAACUGCAAACCGUCCUUUGCCGUAGAUAUGUCCAAUGUUACAACAGGGCUGAUUAAAACAGUCCUUCAGUUUAUUUUGAUGUCCAUGUUAAAAUAAGAAGCACCGCUGCGUUCCUGCCGGUGUCAGUGGCUCCGACAUCUGCCUGGUCCAUCUGCAGGAUGUUUGACCCCGAGUAGAGGCAGAUAUAGGAAAACACUGGAGGGUCCAAAUCCCUCCUUAGGAAAUAAGAAUACUGAUCAAGAGUUUAAGAGAACAGUUUCACCAUAAGACACCUACAGGCAUCACCAACCGUCGUUUAUUCUGCAAAAAGCAGUAGCUUUCCUUGCAGCUUACAGCAAAUCGAAAUGGAGCAAGCAAACUUUCACAACUGACGGGAAAACAAAAAGUGGAUUUAGAUGUGCCUAGAAAUGUCAGGAAACCGGUCGAACCGAUGGCUACGCUGUGGCACCUUCAGACAUUUACCUGGCACUGGAACAUCCCAGCAGAGUUUUGUGUUCAAUUCCAAACAUCCAAGUAGGAAUUUUGCUGCCUGUUUUUUUCUUUUUUCUCAAAAGUCAGAAAUCACAGGUUGUAUUUAAUAAUAACACUACCUGAAGUCGGAAUUUCACAAACAUGGCUUCCCCUCAUAUAAAACGGUGUUGCUAAACAGUUUUUCUUCUGGUGGUUUAUAUGUGAAACCUGUAGCACACGUAGCAGUACGCACGUGCAAAUUACUGUAGCCGAGGCAUGCCAAGGUUUUCCAAACUUUCAAGCGUACCACUCUUCCUGGUUAAAUAGCUUCUGAGGGGAUGUCAGAGAAAGUGCUGCAGUGAUUGUAGUUUUUAAUCAGCCGAUUCGACUACAAAAAAAAUAUUUUCUGAGGCGCAUAAAACCAAGACACCGUUAACUUGAGUGUGACGAGAUCCAGGUUCUGACUUUGUAUGUAAAAGCAGCUUAUGAUCAAUCAGCUCAGCAGAAAUUCAGCAUGCUUCAGAAAAAAAUGAGUACCUUCAUAUGAACAGCUUAUUCCUACAAGAGCUACAGAUUCAUUCGAUGACUUCAUUAAAGAAACCCGAGGUCUGCUCACAACAAGAGAGGUCAUUCAUUCAAACACCAGGUACUCCACCUCACAAAUUUAAAACGUUUCUGUGCGAUAGAUUGCAUCACAUUCUAAAGCUUUAAACUGUUCCCCACAGCUGCCAGCAGGGGUCACCAAACAGCACAGGUCUUGCCUCAGGAGUGUGUUCUAGUGUAAAAAUCCAAACAAACAAA